UUUGUACUUAUGUUCAGUUCUUUUGGGGUUUGGUUUGGGUUUAAAAUGCUCAUAAAUUUGGGCUCUUUGGUAAGCUUUCACAAACUAGCCACCUAUUACAAAUUUGACCCAGUGUACGAAACUCUCUUCCCAAUUGAAACCAAUUCGCUUUGCACUGUAACUCAAAUGACCAUUGCCUCUAGAGCUCUCUUUCUCUUCCAGAAAUCAAUAGCCAAAGCAAGCACUGUAACAGCAACACAAAAGCCCCAAGAUUGGAGAACCCAAUUCAAACAAACCCAAUUAAUUUCACAAAUUUCAUCUAUUCUCUUGCAAAGACAAACAAAUCAAUGGCCUUCACUUCUCAAGAACAUCAAACUUUCUUCCUCACAAUUUACUCCAUCUCUAUUCCUUCAAAUCCUCCACAACACCCAAACCAACUCACAAGUCUGUGUACGCUUCUUCAACUAUGCCAAGAACAAUCUCGGGUUCCAGCCUGAUGUCAAAGUUCUUUGUACCCUUGUAUAUGUGCUUCUCGGGUCCGGACUAUCCAAACCCGCAAAACCUAUCUUGGAUACUCUCAUUCAAACAUACCCACCAGCCCAAAUUGUGGGUUUCUUGAUUCAAUCACCGAAAUCUGGUGCAAUUCACAUUCAGUCUUCAGUCUUGAGUUCAGUUCUUGAAUGUUAUUGCAAUAAAGGUUUGUUCUUGGAAGCUCUUCAGGUUUAUCAGAUAGUUAGAGAAUAUGGCUAUUUGGUGUCUAUUAAUUGUUGUAAUACGUUACUUAAUUUACUGCUCAGUAAGAAUGAGUUAAGACUGGCUUGGUGUUAUUAUGGUUCUAUUAUUCGUAAUGGGGUUCAGGAGAAUGUGGUUACAUGGUCUUUAAUUGCUCAGAUGCUUUGUAAAGAUGGGAAAUUUGAGCAAAUUGUUCCUAUUCUAGACAAGGGUGUAUGCAGUCCUGUUAUGUAUAACAUACUCAUAGAUUGUUACUCUGAGAGAGGGAAUUUUGAAGCUGCAUUUGGUUAUUUAAAUGAUAUGUAUAGUAAACGUAUUGAUCCCACCUUUAGUACUUUUAGCUCAAUUCUUGAUGGUGCUUGCAAAUAUCAAAAUGCUGAAGUGAUUGAAUCAGUGAUGAGUUCCAUGGUGGAAAAAGGACUUCUCCCGAAAGUUGUGACACCUGACUAUGAUUCUGUGAUUCAAAAGUUCUCUGGUAUGGGAAAAGCAUAUGCAGCUGAAUUGUUUUUCAGGGAAGCUUAUGAAAAAAGGAUUAAGCUACAAGACAGUACUUAUGGCUCUAUGCUAAGGGCAUUCUCCAAGGAAGGUAAAGCUGAAGAUGCUAUUUGGAUGUACGACAUUAUACUUGAGAGAAAAAUAUUUAUCAAUGACAAAUGCUGUAGUGCCUUCAUGAGUGUCCUAUGCAAUGAAAAUCCAUCUGAGGAAGUUAGCAGUAUGUUGAAAGACUUGAUUGGAAGAGGAUUUGUUCCUCCCAUAUCUCAGGUGUCUAAUUUUAUUGUUUCUCAGUGUGAAAAGCAUAAGUGGCAAGAAGCUGAGGAGCUUCUGAAUGUAAUUCUUCAGAGAGGACUUCAGUUUGAAUCUUUUUGUUGUUACUAUUUGGUGCGGCACUAUUGCUUUAGCAGAAGGAUUGAUUCUGCCAUUUCUUUACAUACUGAACUUCAGAGGCUUGGUAUUGCUUUAGAUGUAGAGACCUACUGUACACUACUUGACAGACUGUUUAAAUUAAGACGGCAUGAAGAAGCUCUAAGGAUCUUCAAUUACAUGCGAACUCAUGACAUGUUAAGCAGUGUUAGUUUUUCAAUCAUGAUUAGAGGGCUAUGUCAGGAGAAGGAAUUUAGAAAAGCAAUGAGAUUGCAUGACGAGAUGUUGAAAUUGGGGCUUAAACCUGACAGAAAAGCAUAUAAGCGUUUGAUUUCUGGGUUUGGCUAAAUAAUACUUUUUGACCUCAUUUAUAUUUUAUCUCUUCGCUUACUAUACAUACUGUACAGCAUGGCUGCUCACUUGAGAGUAGAUUUUGGUGAUGCUCGUUUUUGGUAGCCAUCCAAUUUUCAUUUCUCGCUAUGCACAACUGAAACAGCAUACAAUGAGAAAUAUGAGUGUGCCCUUUACUUACAAAAGAGGUGUCAAUGUUUGGUUGCAUUUCAGCUCUCACUCUUUCUGAAGUGAUUCAUACUGUCUCUUGUGAUGUGUGAUGCUGAGGUCGAUUAACUUAAACGUCUGAGGGUGAUUCUAGUGGUAUUUUAAGCUGUCUCUGGGCUUCCUAUUAAUUGGAGAAGAAGUUACUUAUAUCGAUUCAAUAAAGUGAACAAUUUCUGUAUCCUGACUGCUACCUUACGCUGCCUAGUUGGUACCUUACCAAUUACUCGUCUUGGAUUAUGAUUGGGGGCUAAGCGCAAAGGCUGAUAGCAUCUGGGAAGGAGUGAUGAAAUGUGAGAAAAGGUUAGCCAGGUGGAAGAAACAAUAUCUUUCUGCGGAAAGAUAUUGUUUCUAAUUAAUAGCGUGUUGGAUUCACUUCCCUCAUACGUGAUGUCUCUGUUUUCAGAUGGUGUAUCAGUAUGGGAGGACAUUAGAUUCUGUGGCCUCUCUUUAAGGCUAAUACGGGGAUCAAGGUGGGCAACAGGAGAAAAGUUUCUUUGUGAAUGGACAAUUGGAUUGGACACAAACCUUUGAAAGUUCUAUUUCAAGAUUUAUUCAGGUUGGCUUCAAAAGCUGCAGCUACAUUGGCUGAGAAGAGUAAAUGGAUUUGGAGUAUCAACCUCUGAAUAAAUUUCAACAAUUGGUAGGUGAACAGGUCUGUUAAUUUUUUCAAUCAUUUAAAACACAUAUCGGCGGCUAACUAAUACUACAGACAACAUAACAUGGAUACGUAGCAAGAGGGGUUUAUUCACAGUGAAAACAUGCUACAGAAUAUUAACAGAAGAGAUCUUACCAAGUCCUUCCUUGGCCAUCGAAACAGAUCUCGAGAUCCAACGUUCCAUUCCAGGUAGUUUCCUUUACAUGGAUUGUGUUUUAAGAAACUUGUGUCACUCAUGAGAAUAUCCAAAAAAAGAGGUUUUGACCUAUGCAGCAAGUGCUUUUUAUGUGAGAGACAUACAGAGAGCAUCUGCCGCUUGCUUUAGUUUUGACGUCUGGAUCGCAAUUGGUCAUACAAAGAUCAACAAAUGAUUUACUGAGGUGCUGGCACAGAAAAGACCCAAGGAAGAGGAAGCUACUAUACUUGCAUGUAUUUGGUGGACUGUCUGGACUGAAGAAAUAAAAGAUGUUUUGAAGAUUCUGCAAGCUCUGCCAACAAGAUAGACUGUAAUUGUAUAUAUAUAUAUUUUUUGAACCCCAUGAUAAACCUGCCGCCGCUACAACCUCUGCCUUUUGGGUGAGCACUCUCUGGGUAUUGGGUUGAUAUAAACCGCACUAGGCAAGUCCUAUGCGAUAGGCUCGACUUAGAAGGCAUUGAGGGGGAUCGAUCUCGGGUCAUCCAUGUGGAUAACCAUCCUUCAAACCAAUUGAGCCAUUCCGGACUGUAUAUUUUUUGUUUUUGUAUAUGUUGUAGGGUGAAACACGUAAAUGCAAAUGAACCAGUUCUACAAACAUUAGAAUGCCUAUAAGAUUAGACGGGGCUAUGUUUUGCUACACUUUACAGUCCUUUAUAAAAUUGCUUCACCUUCUCCCCCCCAAAAAAAAGACACCUUUCCUAGCUGCCCUG